AUGAAAGGAAAAACUAGACAAUCUAAUCUGAUCAUUGAAGAAUUUGAUAACAAUACAAAUCCAUACCCGAAUACAAUACAGAACGGAAAAAUCUCAAAUAAUACUGAAGCACUUAUUGGCAAAUGCUUUUCUUCUCGUGUCAUCGCGAGUGAAGCCAAGGAAAAAGCUCGAUUAUCGAAUAUUAAUUGA